AUGAGAGGCGGCAAGAUGGCGAUGGUGCGGCUGCUGGCGUGUUUUGUGCUCUACAUAAGUCUGGGUCACAUUCCAUCAUCACUGAGCGUAAUCCUCCGAACCACGGACAAGAUUGUGUGGGCAAAUGAGUUUGAGGCCAUUGAGCUGACCUGUUUAAUAGAGUCUAUUUCUACAAACAACCCAAGAAUUGAGUGGAAAAAGAUUAAAAACGGGGUGCCAAGUUAUGUCUACUUUCAGAGCAAGAUAGCAGGCGACUUGGAGCACAGAGCCCAACUCCGAGAGCCAGCCAACAUUCUGAUCUUCAACGCGACCCGCUCUGACACGGCAGAGUACCGCUGUGAAGUAGCAGCUAUUGACGAUCAGAAAGACUUUGAUGAGAUCCUAAUCAGUUUGGCUGUAAGAGUGAAACCUGUAGUUCCUCGCUGCAGUGUGCCAGAUGCCGUCACUGUAGGAACGUCCACUGAACUGCGCUGUCUGGAGAAUGAGGGCUUUCCAGCGCCUCAGUACCGCUGGUACCACAACAACGAAGAGCUGCCUCACGAACCCAAAGCCAGUCCCCGGUUCACCAACUCCUCAUACAGCAUCAACCCUGACACUGGUAGCCUGAAAUUUCAAAGAGUGAAAAAAGAUGAUGCUGGGGAGUACUACUGUCAAGCCAAAAAUGAUGCUGGUGUCGCACAGUGUCCUGGAAUGGUGAUGGAAGUCUAUGAUGUCGACAUCCUGGGGAUAUUCCUCAAGUCAUUUGGAGCUGUGGUUGUGUUCUUCUGCGUGUCGUUCACCAUCUGCCACACAUGCAGACGGGGCUGUUUCAACAAAAAAGGGCACGAGAAUAGCUACAACUGGCCACCACAGAAUAAUGGCACGGACUAUGGGGACACUGAUGAGGGGCACUUCCGUCACAAGUCUUCAUUCAUUAUUUGA